GUUGCAGAAAUGUCAAAUGCAAAAGAAAAGAAGAGGGCCAAGAAAAUGAAAAAUCAGCCUACCAGCGUGAUCUUUCCCUCUGACAGUGGGCCUGGUCCCCGUGAAAUAUGGCGUCAGAAUGGAGGUGAAGGAACUCACCAACGCAAGAAACAAGACUUACGUUCUGAAACCUCACGAGAAUUCUCCCUUCAAAGCUUUUCCCACGGAAUGCCUAAAUAUUUAACAGUCUCUCCUUUUGUUCGAGCUCGUGCUGCUGAAAUAAAGGCCAUGCUGAAGGCGGCUACGCAGAAGUCUUCCAAUACUUUAGUGUUUCAGUCUCUGCCGAGGCACAUGAGAAGGCGGGCGAUGAGCCACAAUAUCAAGCGCCUGCCCAGGCGGCUGCGUGAACUUGCCAGAGCAGAGGUGGAGAAACCCGAACAUCAGAAAAAAGAACUUCCAAAAAGCAAGUGUCGUAAAGCCAGGCGGCGUCAUAUAAACUUGGUGGCCGAGUUCAAUCGCAGACAGAAGAAGAACAUCUGGCUGGAAACACAUAUCUGGCACGCGAAACGAUUUCACAUGGUGAAGAAAUGGGGCUACUGCUUAGGAGACGGGCCCACAACCAAGUGCUAUCGGGCCUGCUACCGAGCCAUGGCGAACCACUGCCUGCUUCAGGACUUAUCGUACUACUGUUGCCUGGAGUUGGUUGGAAAAGAGGAAGAUCUCCUAACAGCACUUGCUCGAAUGUGCAAUGUAGACACAGGGCCAACAUUUGCAGCGAUUCCUUGCCUAGCUGGGAGGCGUCAGGGGGCUCUCACUCUGUACCGAAAAGAUCAAUACCCUGAAGGCACUCUUGGUCCAGUUACUUUUAUUUGGAAACCCAGAAAUGAAUCCAGCAUUGCUUCUGCCAUCCGACAACUGUGGAUAUGGAUGCAUCCGACCUUUAAGCAGGAUGUACUGGCGGAGCUGAAAGCAGUCUGCCACUGUUCUGAGCCCUUGGAACCCUGUAACCCCAAACCGGUUGUGUCGUCGUCCCAAGAAGAAAACAAAAUGGAUGUACCUGAAAAAGCUGGCGAAAAAAGGAAGAGGAAAGAUGCCGGUGAAAUGGUUGUCCCUGUGAAAAAAAUUAUUGGUGAUGGAACCAGAGACCCCUGUCAGCCACGUUGCUGGGUAUCGCAAACUAAUGGGAUUGUGAUCAGUGACUUGACCAUGGAGAUCCUCCGAUAUCGGCUGAUUGGUCCUCUCUCGCACUGUGUCCUAACAGAGGCACUCAAAGCUGCCUCUGUCCAUGCUGACCUGGAUAAUACAGAUUCUGAAAUUAACCGUUGGUGGGUAGAAAACUGUAGGAAUCCUGAGCAGGUGUCUCUUCAUCAUCGUCAAGAAGCCAUCUUUGACCUUUUGCAAGGGUUAAGUUCCUCAGAAAUUCCAUCAGGUACUGUAUUGGGUUUGACUGUUGGGGAUCCGCGAGUGAAUUUGCUGAAAAAGAGGUCAAAAGCCAUACCAAAUCCAGAAAAAUAUCAAGAUGGUGAGAAAGUUAGAAAGUUGACCUUAGAAGGGGUCUCUGCAGAGUGCGCACAGAGUUUUCUCUGGGACCGGAAUGUUUGUAACAGUGUCACAGAAAAUAAAAUGCCAGAACAGGACCUGAAUAGUCUUAGAAAUAAACUCUUGGUACCUGGAUCAUAUCUUGACUUGGGCCCACAAGAAUCCAAGAUUCCUAUACUCCUAGUUCAGCAGCCUGGAAAAAUAGCUGGAGAAGAUCGACCAGAUUGGGGAAGUGGUUGGGAUAUUUUGCUGCCCAAAGGUUGGGGCAUGGCUUUCUGGAUACCUCUUAUCUAUCGAGGUGUGCGAGUGGGUGGCUUGCAGGAGGGUCUGAAACAUUCCCUGUAUAAGAGAACUCCUCAUGUUCCCAACGAUUACCCAGACUGUCCUGCGGGUAUCCAGUUUGCCAGAGAAGUAGAGAGGUGUCUUCUUGAAAAGUUUAAGAGGCGUCCUCCUGCGAAAAGAGCAAAUUACAUUAAGCACGGGACCCUGGCACCCUUUUUCUGCCCCUGGGAGAAGCUCACCCUGGAUUGGAAGACUCGGAAUGAAGCUACUCAGAAAGAUGAGGCCUCGUCAGUCCUAGAUGUUGAGGAGUUGACCACUGAGAGGGACGCUGCUUGUGGUCCCAGCCCUGUACCAGAGUCUCCCUUAAUAGGCCAGUUAAAGAAGGAAGUGGAUGCAUCCUUCGAGAACAACAUUCAGAUAGAAGAUGCGACUGACAUGGCAGAUCUGUGUAAGAAAGAUGAAGCUUCAUCAAAUCGUGCAUUUUGUGUCCUCAGGAGCAGGAAAAUAUUACGGCAGGUAUCAGCCUGGUGUCAGCCCACGCAUGUGAAAACUCGGAGAAUCCGGCACCGUGCUUCCAAGCUGGAUCAACAGAAAUUGACUGAAGAUGCCCUCUUGUCUGUUGUUCAGUGCUACCCCAGGGCACUAGUGUGGGUCUGCUUGACCCUUCUUAAAAAAGGUAGCCCUGAAUUGCACGCCAUGGUCUGCGUCCCAUCAAAAGAAGAUCUGCUUCAGCUAAGCAAGGACAAAAACUUCUGUGGCCCUCAGGAACCUAAACAUAGCGAUGUCUUCAAGAGAAAGGUUUUAAAACAAAAGGAAAUUAAAAAGAGGGAGAAGAUUGGGAAGGCAGGCCAGGAUUGCUCAUCGAGUGCCAAGCAUGUAACCCCAACCGAGCAAGAAGAUCUAACUCUGGGCUUAUGGCCUGACCCACUGCCGGAUGUGACAUCCCACUGUUCCAGAGUUCUCUUGGGGUUUGUCACACAGGGGGAUUUCUCGUUGGCCCUUGGCUGUGGGGAGGCUCUAGGAUUUGUUACUCUGACAGGACUGCUGCAGAUGUUGCUGGAUCAGCCAGAAGAACAAAAAGGUCUUGUUUUGUUAAGAAAUCCAGCAUCACUUCAGUAUAGAUUUGCUAGACUUUCUGUUGAAGUUUAACAUGGCUUGGAACUCACUGCUACCAAACAAGCUGUUCUGUGAAAGUUUAUAUCUUCUUC